GGUGACUUUUGAUUAAGAACAGGGUUCGAUUAGAUCCACUUCUGUCAUACAUACUAUUGCUUAUUACUAUAUUUUUUAGAAAUGUCAGAUAAAAGUACUCCAAUUGUUGCGCCGGAUGGUGGAAUGAUCGUUCAGCGUGAUCCGAAUUUCCGGUGAUCACGAUCCUGUCUAUGAUAAGCUAGAACAUGCAUUUGGAGUUUCAACAGCAACGAAUGGGACGUUGUCAGCUGAAUUUGAUUCAUCAGCUGAACUCAUCAUGAAAUUACAGAAUAUGUUGAGGAGCAUCGAACUCAGUUUGGACAAAGUUAGUCUUUCAUUUGCAUUUGACGAAGUUAUAAUGGAAGCGGUUAAUUCUAUUAAACCUCCUCGGAAUUCUAUGGACGCCUCAGAUCCUUUAGCGGAAACAUAUAUUAAUCCUCUAUUCAAAUCAUGUUUGAAUAAGGCAGCUUCUUCUGCUUUUGAUUAUUUAAUUGGAUUGUAUGGGCGCUGUAAUUCUUUAGUUAAUCAGAGUCAUCUAGGGCUUUCUGCCAAAAUAUUUUCAACACUAUCUGAGCGGGCAAAAGUACAAUUUAUUUUAUUUCUUCGAGGACUUUUAUGUGCUAACAAAAAGUAA